AUGACCACAAGCAAUAUGGAUCCUCAGAACACUGCUUCGGGGCAUGCCCAGCAAGCUCGUCCGGCCCCAACUUACGAUCCAAGUCAUGGUGGCCAUUAUGGCGCCUGCGCAACUCUGGCUUCGCAAGGAUAUGCCCCAGCUGAGCUCUACACCGGUCCAUGGGCAAACGUCCACCAAGGUCUUACCGGACAGUACAAAGACAUCCUAACUACGUACUGGCAGCAAACAAUCAGCCAUCUCGAGAGCGACAGACACGAGUUUAAAAUCCACCAGCUUCCUCUGGCGCGAAUCAAGAAGGUCAUGAAGGCGGACCCAGAGGUGAAGAUGAUAUCGGCAGAGGCCCCCAUCCUCUUCGCAAAAGGAUGCGAUAUCUUCAUUACUGAGUUAACUAUGCGAGCUUGGAUACAUGCAGAAGAGAACAAGCGUCGUACCCUUCAGAGAUCGGAUAUCGCCUCUGCCCUGGCAAAGUCUGACAUGUUUGAUUUUUUGAUUGACAUUGUGCCCCGGGAAGAAGCCUCAUCCCAUGCCAAGAGAACAACUGCGCAACCCACAGCCCCUCCACAAGCUGUUCCGUCCGCGAGUGGCCAGCCUCAGAUACCUGGACAAAUCCCACAACCAGGCCACUCCUCAGCACACCAACUUGGUCCUGGUGACUACAUGGCCGGACAUGCUCUAGGGACUGACCAGGAUUAUCGACAAAAUCCUGCCAUGUACCCUGGCCAGGCUACCACAUAUGGUCAAGGGCAACCCACAGGCAUGUAUGGUGAGAUGGAAGGCAUGUACUCUUAUCCAGCUAUGCAGGCUCAACAGGCCCCCAUGCCAUCUGAGGAGUUUGAGUAA